UCAGAGCGCAGGAUCUAUCGGGCCAUGGGCGUUCGCCAUUUUAGCGGCUGGAGGUCGACAGCGAGAGGAGAGUCAGAGCGGGUGCUGAGGGUUGCUGUUUUUGGACCGCUUGUAAAAUCGGUUGGGGUUCCCUCCCUCUUCGUCACUCUGUUAUAAUCCGGGUAAAAUUAAAAAUGCUGUCCAGGCUGUUCCGCAUGCAUGGGCUUUUUGUUGCCUCCCACCCUUGGGAAGUGAUUGUUGGAACAGUUACAAUCACGAUCUGCAUGAUGUCCAUGAAUAUGUUUACUGGCAAUAAUCAGAUUUGUGGAUGGAAUUUUGAAUGUCCAAAGAUUGAGGAGGAGAUAUUAAGCAGUGAUAUCAUAAUACUGACCAUCACGCGAUGCUUAGCAAUCUUGUACAUAUACUUCCAAUUCCAGAACCUCCGACAACUUGGUUCCAAGUAUAUGCUAGGGAUUGCUGGCCUCUUCACCAUUUUCUCCAGCUUUGUUUUUAGUACUGUUGUAAUUCAUUUUCUGGAUAAAGAACUAACUGGCCUCAAUGAAGCCUUGCCUUUCUUCUUGCUGCUUAUUGAUCUAUCGAAAGCCAGUGCCCUAGCCAAAUUUGCACUGAGCUCCAACUGCCAGGAUGAAGUAAGGGAAAAUAUUGCACGUGGAAUGGCCAUUCUGGGUCCCACUUUCACUCUUGAUGCUCUUGUGGAAUGCCUUGUGAUAGGUGUUGGUACUAUGUCUGGGGUGAGACAACUAGAAAUCAUGUGCUGCUUUGGAUGCAUGUCUGUUUUGGCAAACUACUUUGUCUUUAUGACAUUUUUCCCAGCUUGUGUCUCCCUUGUAUUGGAGCUUUCCCGAGAAAGCCGUGAGGGUCGUCCAAUUUGGCAGCUGGGUCAUUUUGCUCGUGUCUUAGAGGAAGAGGAAGAUAACAAACCCAAUCCUGUAACACAGAGAGUGAAAGUCAUCAUGUCUCUAGGACUAGUCCUAGUUCAUGCUCAUAGUCGCUGGAUAGCAGAACCAUCUUCACAGGAUAACCCCUUAGAAGUGCCUAAGUCUGGAACAAACAUUGAUGGAAGUAUGCCGAAACGAAUUGAUCCUGGUGUACCACUCUGGCAGUUCUAUCUUUCCAGGAUGGUCAGCAUGGAUAUUGAACAAGUAAUUACUCUUGGUCUAGCACUCUUUCUUGCUAUCAAGUACAUCUUCUUUGAGAAGGCAGAAACUCAGUCGUCUUUCUCAUUGGUGGUACAGAAGAAGGAUAUUGAUAACUGCAUGAGUAAUACUGGAAUUACCAGAUUCCAAUCAUGUUUAACAGAUGAACCAAUUAAUAAAAAUACAGACCAAGUCAUAAAGCCUAUUGUGUAUUCUAUCCCAAAACCGGUCAAUCAUUCAUCAAAAGCAAAUUUUGUGUUCGGAGACUUCACGCCUCCUAGCUCUUCAUCUUCAGGAACACCUGAAGAACUGGAUAUUGAGUUUCCAUUAGGACCACGAUCAAUUGAAGAAUGCUUGUUCAUACUCCGAAGCCCAGAGAGAGGAGCAAAAUACCUUACUGAUGCUGAGGUAAUCCGUCUGGUGAAUGCCAAACACAUUCCAGCUUACAAACUGGAGACUAUGAUGGAAACUCCAGAACGUGGUGUGUUCAUACGAAGACGAAUCCUGGCUGAAAAACUGCCAGAAACAACUACACUACAAAUGCUUCCUUACAAGGACUACGAUUACUCACUGGUCAUGGGCACUUGCUGCGAGAAUAUCAUUGGCUAUAUGCCCAUCCCAGUGGGAGUUGCUGGUCCACUUUUCCUGAAUGGAAAGGAGUUCCAAGUGCCCAUGGCAACUACUGAAGGCUGUCUUGUGGCAAGCACUAACCGUGGUUGCAGGGCAAUAUGUCUGGGUGGUGGAGCGCGGAGUCGCGUUUUGGCAGAUGGAAUGACUAGAGGGCCAGUUGUAAUGCUGCCAACUGCAUGUGAAGCAGCAGAAGUGAAAACAUGGCUCGAGACCCCCGAAGGCUUUCAAAUUAUGAAAGAAAUGUUUGACAGCACGAGCAGAUAUGCCCGGCUUCAAAAGCUGCAGAUUGGGCUUGCUGGACGCAAUCUUUAUAUCCGUUUUCAGUCAAAGACUGGGGAUGCCAUGGGCAUGAACAUGAUCUCAAAGGGUACAGAAAAGGCUCUCUCCAGGUUGCAGGAAGAGUUCCCAUCUUUGCGUGUACUAGCAGUCAGUGGCAACUACUGCACAGAUAAGAAACCUGCUGCAAUUAACUGGAUUGAGGGAAGGGGGAAGUCUAUUGUUUGUGAAGCAGUCAUUCCAGCCAAAGUUGUGUGUGAGAUAUUAAAAACUUCUACACAUUCUCUUGUAGAAGUAAAUAUCAGCAAAAACCUGGUGGGUUCAGCAAUGGCUGGAAGUCUGGGUGGUUACAAUGCACAUGCUGCAAAUAUUGUUACAGCUAUUUAUAUUGCCUGUGGACAGGACCCAGCUCAGAAUGUUAGUAGCUCGAAUUGUAUCACAUUAAUGGAAUCAACAGGCCCCAAUAAUGAAGACUUGUAUAUUAGCUGCACCAUGCCAUCAAUUGAGGUUGGAACUGUUGGAGGAGGAACCAACUUGCCACCACAGCAAACUUGCCUGCAGAUGCUUGGUGUUCAGGGUGCAAGUCAGGAGUGUCCUGGUGAAAAUGCACGGCAGCUGGCCGAGAUAGUUUGUGGUACAGUAAUGGCAGGUGAGCUGUCUCUCAUGGCAGCCCUGGCAGCUGGACAUUUGGUGAAGAGCCACAUGAUUCACAACAGGUCAAAGGUUAAUCUCCAGUUGCUCCCCAGCAGCUGUACAAAGAAAGCAGCUUGAGUAUGAAAGGGAUUCACUAUAAAGACUGGCACUUGUAUACUGGAAAGUUGCUUUGGAUUUUUGUUUAGAACUAAGGGACAACUUAGUGUGUUCAUGACUUUUUGAAAUUGCUGGUUUGUACGAUUGACCAGUAUAUCUGAAAUGGAGUUCACAUGGUCCCAAAGCAAAGAUACCUGUAUCCAGUAGUGUGCCCAGAAAUCAGUGGUACAAAAGAGUAGUCUGCAGAACCUACAAUGAGAAGAAACUGUAAAAUGACCUUGUGAAUGUUUGCUAGUUCUGCUUAAUCAUAUUGUCUUAAACUUUGUCAUAAGUUAUUUGUUUUUUUUGAUGUUAACGUAGUUUCAAAGCUUGCAAUAACCCGAGUCUUGAGUGAAAGGUUUACUGGAAACAAUUACUGCACUCUUGUUUGAUUAAAAACAAAUCCCUGGCUGCGGUCACUGGAGUACGAUUAA